AUGGUUGGCGCAUUUAGAUCUUGUUUGCCGGCUGACGACAAAGUAAAUUCUAAGGAAAAUGAGAGAGAAUCACAUGAAAAUUACAGUUCGAUUCCCGUUGAACUUCUUGUUCAAAAAAUUCCUGUGAGAAUAACCCAUCGCGUAUCAAACUUUCAAAGAAAAAUAUAUGCAAAACCUAGACAAUUGAGAAUACUACAGCAUUGUCCUGAACACAUACAAAUGGAAAAUCAAUCGUUUCCAGUACCUAAAUCACUUUUUAUUAACAUAUGUAAUCUUAAGAAAACGAAAAAUCGAGUACAAGCUUCAGUGGCGUUAGAAGCGGAUUUAUGCGCUUCAGAUAUUGACAUAUGUGUCGUGUCGGAAACCCAUUUAAACAAUAAAAUUCCAGACUCCGUUGUUGCAAUGACAUCAUAUAACCUAUACCGUAGAGAUAGAGACUAUAAUGCAGAUACACGAAAAAAUGGAGGAAUUGCAGUAUAUCUUCGACAGAACUUGGAAGUAAUUCGUGUCAUUCGGGAAACAGAAUUUGAAAUGAUUAGUAUUAUACUUACUCUCCCAACGGGACAUAAAAUGUUAGUUAUUGGAGCAUAUCACCCUCCAAGAUUUAGUUAUGAUGAAACAGAUUUUUUGAAUCGAAUUGUGGAAGUUGUUGACGAUUUUUUAGACAUUAACCCAAAUAGCUUGGUUCUCUUUGGUGGAGACAUUAAUCAUCUAAACGCUAGUCAACUUUCCACAAUGUCUGGCAUGUUGCCUUUGGUAGACUUUCCCACAAGAGGGCAAGCAAUUCUUAAUAACUGUUUUACAAAUAGACCGGAACUUUUCAAUAAAGCAUACCCAUUGCAUAUACAAAUGAAAACAGACCACUUGGGAGUCAUAAUUCCGGCAGGAAUAAAAUUAAAGCCCAUCCGCACUAAAAUCAGCUUUAGGGACUACAGAGCACAGAAUAAAGUCAAAUUUCAAAAGAAGCUUGCCGAGAAAAGUUGGUCUGAAGUUAUGUCAUUGGAAACAGUUGAAGAAGCAACUAAAGUAUUGGAGAACACUAUCCAUAAUAUGAUAGAUCAAUGUUUUCCAAAGAAAACAGUUACUCUUUCCACUCGUGACCCUUCAUGGAUGUCUCCACUCUUAAAGUAUUUAAUAAGAAAAAGAUCAAAGGCUAAGUCAAGGAGAAAGCUAUCUAUUGCGGCAGAAUUAACAGAACGAAUAUCUGGAAUAAUUUCACAUAAUCGAACAAAAAUGGCAAAAUCCGAGUGUACUGGCACAAGUCAAUG